GAGUAUGACUAUAUGCUGAAUUCUCUGAGUCCUCUUAGCAAACCAAGGCGGACUUAGCAAGACCAGGUGGUCUUGGGGGCCACCUGACCUAAAACCUUGAAGCUUUAGCUCUUCCUCUCCUGCUAUUCUCAGAUGUGGAGAAGUCCAAGCUAGUCUACUGGAGAGGUCAUAUGAAGGAGAUCCAAGGCGCUCCAACUGACAACCAAUAUCACAGAAACGUCAGUGAGGUUAUCUUAAGACUACGUAGCUCCAAUCAACCUGCCUAAUGAACUGCAGCCACAUGAGCGAUCCCAGAAAAGGCCAGCAGAACGACCUAGUUUCGUGACCUUGUGCAGUAGAAGGCUGUUUUUACAACUGCUCAAGAUUUGACAUACAAGAUGAAGCAAGAUGCCACAAGAAAUGCUGCCUACACUGUGGAUUGUGAAGAUUACGUACAUGUGGUAGAAUUUAAUCCCUUUGAGAGUGGGGAUUCAGGAAAUCUAAUUGCAUAUGGUGGCAAUAAUUACGUGGUCAUUGGCAUGUGUAACUUUCAGGAAGAAGAAGCAGACAUUGAAGGAAUUCAGUAUAGAACACUACGAACCUUUCACCAUGGAGUCAGAGUCGACGUCAUAGCUUGGAGCCCAGAGACGAGACUUGAUUCGUUGCCCCCAGUAAUCAAAUUUUGUACUUCGGCUGCUGAUAUGAAAAUUAGAGUGUUUACUUCAGAUCUUCAAGAUAAAAAUGAAUACAAGGUUUUAGAGGGCCAUUCAGAUUUCAUCAAUGGUUUGGUGUUUGAUCCCAGAGAAGGCCAAUCAAUUGCAAGCGUGAGUGAUGAUCAUACCUGCAGGAUUUGGAGCUUGGAAGGAAUCCAGACAGCUCAGUUUGUUCUUAAUUCCCCUGGAAUGAGUGUGUGCUGGCAUCCGGAGGAAACUUCUAAGCUGAUGGUUGCAGAAAAGAAUGGAACAAUCCGAUUUUAUGAUCUUACAGCCAAUCAGGCUAUUUUAUCUCUUGAAUCGGAACAGAUGCCAUUAAUGUCAGCACACUGGUGCUUCAAAAACACCUUGAAAGUCGGAGCUGUUGCAGGGAAUGAUUGGAUAAUUUGGGAUAUUACUCAGUCCAGUUACCCUCGAGAAAAGAGACCUGUCCACAUAGAUCGAGCCUGCUUAUUCAGGUGGUCCACAGUUAAUGAAUACUUGUUUGCUACUACUGGUUAUCCUGGCAAAAUGGCAAGCCAAUUUCAAAUUCAUCAUUUAGGACACCCUCAGCCCAUCCUCACAGGUUCUGUAGCCGUUGGAUCUGGCCUUUCCUGGCAUAGAACUCUCCCACUAUGUGCAAUUGGAGGAGACCACAAGCUGUUAUUUUGGGUGACUGAAAUGUAAAAUAAAUUUUCUGGAUACCUUAGAUCCAUAAACUUUGUAUUUUUAGUACAUAUUUUGGAGAAUUCCUUAUUUUUAUACCAAAUAUACUGUAAGCUCUAGAAAUAUCUCAGUUGUUGUUUUUGUUUAAUAAAAUGUUGAUGGUUUGAAAAAUUA